AUGUUGGCAUCUCAGUCCCUCCCCCCCCUCCUUGUUGUUGUUGUUGUUGUUCCUCUCUUCUUCUUCUUCUUCUUCUUCUUCUUCUUCACUCCCAACAUACUCUUGCUUUUCCUUCUUCUUUACUUCCAGUGUCUACCUCCUCUUUUUGUCCUUUAUUCCCAGCGUCCUCCUCCUCCUCCUCGCCUCACUUCCUCUUCUUUAGUUUCAGCUCUCCUACUCAUCUCCUCCUUUACUCCCAGUGAUCUUAUCCUCCUCUUCUCUACUCCCAGCGCCUUCUUUUUCAUCACCUUUACUCCUCCUCCUAGUCUUCUUUACUCCCGGCGUCCUCCCCCUCUUCAUCUGCUUUACUACCAUCUUCCUCUUCUUUUUUCUUUUUUAUUCACUGUCGCUCUCCUCCUCCUGUUAGACCUUAACCUCCACUUCGCUACUCCCAGCGGCUUCUUUUUCUUCUUUUUCUCCAUAACGUUUACUUCUCUUCCUCCUCUUCUUUACUCCCGACGUUUACUUCUCUUCCUCCUCUUUUUUACUCCCAACAUUUACCUCUUCCUCCUCUUCUUAAUUCCAGCAUUUUUCUCCCAGAACCCCUCCUCAUGUUCUUGUUCUUUAGUCUCAGCGUUCUAUUCACCCACUCCUCCUGGUCCCAUGCCCUCUUUUUUUUUACACCCCGCCUCCUUCUGCUCUUUUUAUUGUUGUUUUUGCCGUUUCUUACUAACGUCCUCUUCCCCCAUUUCUCUUUAUUCCCUCUUUUUUUUCAUCCUCCAUUUUUUGUUCUUGUCCUUCGUUACUUCCAGCCUCCUCCCCAACUCCUCCUCCUCCUCCUCCUUCUUCUUCUUCUUCUUCUUCUUCUUCACUGCUUCCAGGCGUUAUCGUUUUCUCUAUCUGCCUUUUCUUUCUUUCUUUCUUUUGUCUUUCUUUCGUUUCUUUUUUUCUUCCUUUCUUUAUUUAUUCGUUUCGUUUCUUUCUUUCUUUCUUUCUUUCUUCCUUUCUUUAUUUAUUCGUUUCGUUUCGUUUCUUUCGUAUCUUUCUUCCUUUCUUUAUUCGUUUCGUUUCGUUUCUUUCUUUCAUAUCUUUCUUUCUUUCUUCCUUUCUUUAUUUAUUCGUUUCGUUUCGUUUCUUUCUUUCGUAUCUUUCUUUCUUUCUUCCUUUCUUUAUUUAUUCGUUUCGUUUCGUUUCUUUCUUUCGUAUCUUUCUUUCUUUCUUCCUUUCUUUAUUUAUUCGUUUCGUUCCGUUUCGUUUCUUUCUUUCGUAUCUUUCUUCCUUUCUUCCUUUCUUUAUUUAUUCGUUUCAGAGAUAGAGAGAGAAAGAGUUCUUUCUCUCUCUCUCUCUCUCUCUCUCUGUCUUUCUAUCUUUCUAUAUAUUAAUUUCUUUCUCACUCUAUCUUCCAAUCUUCUCUCUCCGUCUACUUCUUUCUACUUCUCAUUCUCUCUCUGCUUUCAUUUUCUCUCUCUGUUUCCCUUUUUCUCCCUCUUCUUGGCUCUUUCUCUCUCUACUUGGUUCUUUCUCUCACUGCAGUUAAUUAAUAACAGGCUAUUAUCCUAUCUAUCUAUCUAUCUAUCUAUCUAUCUAUAA